GGACAGUAGAUCCACACAUCUAUCUGACAAUUUAACCCGUGAAUCCACCCACAUAAAUCCCCUUCCCCCCCUUCUCUACCUCUUCAAACCUACGGCUCUGAUCAUUUCUCUCUCUCUACAUCUCAAAAAAAUGGUUUCUUUGUUCUCUCUCAUCUUUGGAUUUUCCCAGGUUUUAUCACUGUUCUUGCAUGGCGACGCCGCGACGUAUUGGGGCGACGUCGAGGUUUUGAAGCAGUUCAAAAAUGGCGUUAACCCGGGUUCCGUAACUCCCGGGUCGUGUCUCAGCUCCUGGGAUUUUUCCGUGGACCCCUGCGACAAUUUGUCGUCGGAGAAGUUCACCUGCGGAUUCCGGUGCGACGUUGUUGUUUCCUCGGCGGCGCGUGUCACCGAGGUUGUUCUUGACCGUUGGGGAUACUCUGGCUCACUCGCGGAAAUUUCUUGGAAUCUUCCGUACCUUCAAACGCUUGAUCUCUCCGGGAAUUUUUUCCACGGGGAAAUUCCGGCGUCGCUCGUGAACCUCACGCGCCUCCGGCGACUCAGUUUGUCGCGUAAUUUGUUGUCGGGUUGGAUUCCGAGUUCACUCGGAUAUAUUUAUAAUCUCGAGGAGAUUUAUCUGGAUAACAACAAAUUGGAAGGGGCAAUACCUGAGAGCUUUACCGGGCUCACGAAUUUGAAAACGCUCGAGCUUCAAGACAACGAGUUAACCGGCGAGUUCCCCGACCUCGGCGAGUUAAAUUCCGUUAAUUUCAUUGACGUCAGCAACAACGCGAUUUCCGGGGAACUACCGGCGAGGUUUCCGGCGAAUCUAAUCGAGCUCACGGCGAGGAACAAUUCCAUAACAGGGAAUAUUCCGGCGAGAAUUUCCGACUUAUUUUACCUCCAAGUCCUCGACCUGAGCCACAACAACCUCUCCGGCGCCGUCCCGGCGCCGCUCUUCGUCCACCCCGCCCUCCAACAGCUAACCCUAUCCUACAACCACUACACCUCCGUCGAGCAACCCGACCCGAAUUUACUCCAAUCCAGCCAGCUAAUCGCGGCGGACCUAACUAACAACGAGAUUCGCGGCUUUUUGCCCGGAUUUCUCGGCCUUCUCCCCAAACUAUCCUCUCUCUCACUGGAAAACAACAAGCUCUCCGGCAUAAUUCCGGCGCAAUACGCCCUGAAAGUCCUGGUCCCCGGAGAUGGCACAACGACGUCGUCUCAGUUCGAACGGCUUUUACUGGGCGGUAACUACCUGAUCGGGGCGAUCCCGGGUCCGUUCCUGGAUCUGAAACCGGGUUCGGUGACGAUCCGAUUGGGAGACAACUGUCUGUACCGGUGCCCGUUGAGAUUAUUUUUAUGUGAAGGUGGGGAGCAGAAAUCAUUAUCGGAGUGCAAAGCUUUCGGGCCCAUCAUUCCUUGAAAAUUGCAAAAAUGUCAGGAUAUAUAUAAAUAUGUAUGUAUAAAUAUAAAUUAUGUUUUUUUGUUGUACAAAAGUUAGACGUUGUGGCGGUACAAUAAUAUGAUUUGUUUAAUAUUUCAUGUUUUCUUUUCUUCUUUUAGAAGAAAAAUGAGGCUUCUAGUUCUAGUACUCUAGAUAUAGAAAGAUAGCUAGCUUAAUCUUUGGAUUACUAGGGCUUUGGAUUUGGUCUUUCAAUUAUUAACUCGAUGAUGAAUGAAGUUUUUUACCUUUUUGGUGCUUUC